CUGCAAGUGAUCGAUGCGAAAAUCGUAAUGCAUGAAAGAAGAAUGACAUAGUUGUUGUAUUCCUGCUUUUUUCGCUGUGCGAUGAGUAGAAAAAUCUUUGAGGGGUAUGAGUUUGCUUUKGAUUCCUCAAGUUUUACCUAUGUGCCGUUCAAAAAGAAGCAAAAACUCCGUGAAGACAUCACUUCCAAUGGAGGAAUCGUCUCGUAUAUUUUGACAAGAAAGUCACACGUUCUGCUGACAGCUGAUCCAAAAAAGACGUAUUCAUCUUACAAAGGAGCUACAGCAUUAAAAUAUGGCACCGAGAUUGUUAAAAUGGAGUUUAUUGAAAACUGCAUCAAAAAGAAAGAGUUCAUAGAUCUUCCACUUUAUACUUAUCCAUUCUGUGACUCUGAAUAUCAACUUGAAAAUAACCAGCUGAAGACGGGCAAAAUUAACACAUACUCAAAACCAAAAGAUUUAUCUUCCAAUAAAAAUAAAAAAGAAACUAAUUUGAUCAAAUUUGACGAUUCAAAAUUAGCAAAUUUAAGUGUUUGGCCUUAUAAAGAUGCUAGAAGUUCACCACCCUAUUCUGAGAAAGACUACAAGAUAGCCAAAAAUGUGUUAUUCAAGCAAAAUGAUGAUGAUGGAAAGACAAGCAAGUUUCUUGAAAUUGAGCUGCAUGUUAUACCUCAACCUAUCCCAUGUGAAUCUCAGCGAUACCGUAUCUUUACUCACCACGGCAAUUUAGAACUAUUAAAGCACCAUAAUGAAGGGCAUGGUCAGGGGUUUAAGGAGUGUUGUUAUGUGUACACGGCAGAAGAAGCAAUGGGUAUCUAUGUUGCAUUACAUGACAGAGCUGCAAUAAGUAAUGGUUAUAUGAGGGCUUCAUCACUUUUGUCAUCCAAGAUUGGAUCUGAUAAAAUGAAAGAGCAAUAUCUUGACAUGCAGUCAAGUGGUGAUGGAGCUCAACCUCUACUAAAAUCAUCAGGUCUAUUAGAAGUAACAAGUCUUGUGAAGUGUCUGUGGGAUGAGGCUGAUAAGCUUGUGGGUGAUGUUAUCAAAGGGACUGUUGAAAACAUAAAACUUCAAAAACUACAGGAAGCUGAAGCUAUUUUGACGUUAAUGAAGGGAUGUCUGGAUGAUAGUGGUAGCCAGGACAAGAUGCAGAAGCUCUGGGGAGAUUUCUGUCAAUGUAUACCUCAGGCUAAUGGUUUAGACGCUGUCUCAAAGUUUAGCAAAAGCCUCAUUGCAGAGAAACAGAAUUUGUGUCAGAUCAUAAGGGACAUCAUCACAGUUGGUGAAUGCUAUAACAUGUCAUCAGGAAAGUCAGACUUAACUCUUUAUAGAGCUCUAAAAUGCCACAUUGAUUACAUGGAACAUGACAAUGAAGAGUUUAAAAGAAUCAAAGCUUAUAUUUUGUCAAGCCAGACAUGUUCUUCAGAAGUAGAAAUCAUCAAUAUCUUCUCCCUUCACCGUCCAGUAGAGGAAAGCAAUUUCGCACACAACAUUGAUGACAAAAGACUUCUCUUCCAUGCAUCGAGAGCAAACAACUUUGUUGGAAUCCUUUCAAGAGGGUUACUGCUUCCUAAGAUCAUUGUAGAUGACUUUGGUGGCGUGAGAUCUGAUGCUGGCAUGCUUGGAGGGGGAAUCUAUUUUGGUGAUUCUAUAAGUACUAGUGCUAAAUACUCAACCUGUGGGGGCAAUGGUUCCCGGUUUAUGCUGAUUAGUGAGGUGGCAUUAGGUAAAAUUAAGCGUUACAGACAUUUUAACAAAGAGUUGACAUCGCCUCCUGCUGGCUUUGAUAGUGUUUGUGGUGUUGCUGAGACAAAUCAAGAACCAUCAGACUUUAAAAACAAUGAAUUUGUGAUUUAUAAUACAAACCAGCAACAAAUGAGAUAUCUUGUUGAGUUUAGUUUGAAUGGAGAGCACACAAGAAAACGUCAAGUUGAUGUUACUUUAUUGCAAGAACUAAAUAUUGAAGAGGAUGAAGAAUCAGAGAACCAAGAUUUUUAUGCUCGGCAAAUUGAUGUAUCAGAUGUUAUGUCUGUGGCUGAUCCAUUGUCUAAGGUCAAAGCAGGUCUUAAAGGCAGUGGUGAUGUACCCGUCCCACUUCAAGCUGUACAUAUUCGAGCAAAACUAAUGGACCUUGUUGGUCAGGUUGUAGUUUUACAAUCUUACAAGAAUAACAGCUCUGUACCUAUAGAGGCAAAGUAUGUCUUUCCACUGGACGACAUGGCUGCUGUUUGUGGUUUUGAGGCUUUCAUAAAUGGAAAACAUGUCAUUGGUGAAGUAAAAGAGAAAGAGCAAGCUCACAAGGAGUAUCGUGAAGCCAUCAGCAAAGGCCAUGGAGCCUACUUAAUGGAUGAAGAAACGCCAGAUGUGUUUACCGUGAGUGUCGGCAACCUUCCUCCGAAUGCAAGUGUCUUGAUCAAGAUCACAUAUGUAGCAGAACUUAAUGUUGAGGGAGAGAGCAUUUGCUUCAAGUUACCUGGGUCUGUAGCACCAUGGAAACAAAGUCAAGCUCUUGAUUAUGAAAUACAGAGUGAUGUUGACACUGUCAAGGUUGAGCAAGAGAGAAAUACAACCAUUCAAGUUGCUGUAGAAAUGCCUUUUGAUAUCAAGUCUAUCAGAUCACCAACCCAUCCUAUCUUAAUCAAGCGUACUGCAACUAAAGCUGUGGUAGAGAUGGCGUCAGGUCAUGUGAUAGGUGAUGGGUUUCAGCUUGUCAUCCAAUUGGCUGAGAUUCAUGUUCCCAGAAUGUGGGUCGAGAGCCAUGAUACAAGACAUGAUAGUGAAGCUGGUAUGCUGGUUUUUUAUCCAGAGUUUGAAUCAGAAACAUGUACACAAGCGGAAGUCUUGUUUUUCUUGGAUGCAUCAAAUUCUAUGCAGGGUUCAUGUCAAGUUGAUAGUCCAUUUGAACAAGCAAAGAAGAUACUUUUAAUGUGUUUGACAAUCUUGCCUGACAACUGGCUUUUUAACAUUGCUGUGUUCGGGAGCUCGCAUAGUGAGGUCUUUCCAACUAGUCGACCAAAAGACAACUUCACAGUCACACAAGCUACUGAUUUCAUAAUGUCUGCAACUUCUCGCAAAGGAGGUACUGAUUUAUGGAGAGUUUUGGAGUCAUUGAGUUUGAUCCAAUCCAUGUCAGCCGCAGAUCAUCCCAGAAACGUCAUCAUCAUCUCCGAUGGUCACGUGACAGAGGAAGCCACAACCAUGAAGCUGGUUAGAAAACAUCGACUAAAGACGAGAGUGUUUACAAUGGGUGUUGGUGCAUCAAGUAAUCGCCACUUUCUCCGUUCUCUUGCACGUAUUGGUGCUGGUGACUGUGAAUUUUUUGAUUCCAAGAUAAAGUCAAAAUGGGAAAGAAAGGUUAAAGAGCAAAUUUCCAAGUGUGGACAGCCUGGAUUGACGUCAGUAUCAGUUACUUGGCAACAGCACGACAGCUGUGCCACGCCCCCUGAGCAGGCUCCACAUGAGAUUGUUUCUUUGUUCAAUGGAUCAAGACUUGUGGUAUAUGGCCUGAUAUCUAAUUGUACACAGGCCAGUCUGUCAGCUGAAGUGAACAGCAGGGAAGUUUCCACAGUGGUCUCCACAUCUGAUCUCAGUAUCACCAGAGGCAAGAUUUUACACCAGCUUGUUGCCAGGGCGAUGAUUCGUGACUGGGAAGAAGGAAACUUAGACGCUGAUAACACAUUACAUGAGGUUGCCAAACAUGACAAAAAAGAUUGUAUCAUAAUGCUCAGCAAGGAGUUCUCCAUCGUGUCCCAGUUUACCAGUUUUGUGGCCAUUGAAACUAGAGAAAAAGAUGAAAAAUUCGAUGCUGACAAUGGUCCUAGUAUACUAGAACUAGUGGCUGGUGAAAACGUUGAUAUUAUACCAUAUGUUGGAUGGGAGGAAACAAAUCAAACACAGAUUACAGAGAAAACCAAACCGACUCCAGAAGACAAUGUCCAUCGAUUGCUUGUAGAAGCAAAGUCACUAGAAGGAGUUUCACUUCUUCAGUCAGAAGAUCUUUAUAAAGACGCUUGUACCAUUGUAUUUGACAACUUUGAGGAGCUGAAUUUGGAAACAAGUUGGCAGGCAUUUAAAGAUUUAGCCCACUUUUACGCCAAAGUGUUAGGGGACGAUGACAAGAAACUUGUGAUUCUUGUUGUUUUAGUGUGCAUUCUAGAGAGAGGAAAUGUUGACAUAGACGUGCUGGAUCGGACCAAAUUUGGUGAUCUCAUUGACUGCUUAGAGACCUUAGAAAAUGUCACUGAUAUUGAUGACAAUGAAGAAAUUCGACGUAUAUUAAGAGUUGGUCAAUCAAUGUUUCCUUCAGAGAAUAUAAAGGAUAUCAUCAAAGAUUAUUUAUCAGAAACAGAAACUUCUGAUGGUUCAAGUUCCAAUUCAGACUCCGUUUCGACUGAUUCGGAAGAUGAAUGGGAAGAAGAGGGAGUGAAAGAAAGGGAAAAGUACAGCACAAGUUCGAGUUCUAUUACUUGUUGUGGUGUAGAAGAUGAAACUGAGGUUCAGGCAAGAACUAAGAUGACUGAGUCCGAAGACCAGCUCUUUGGAACAAGAAGAAGAGCAGGUGCACGCAGAUUCGAGCGAUUCCACAGAUACUCUGAUAGCGACGUUGACAGUCCGGUUGAGCUUGAAGAUGCCGAUCGUGAUAACAGUAGAGAUACUGAGGUGGACAUUGAUGAGAACAUUUCAUACUUCUGCUCCAUUGAUGAUGACGAUGAUGGAGACGAUGAUUAUGAUGAUUUAAUUGAACUUAAAGGUCCCCGACAUAGAUCAGAACUUCUCAUGGAAAUGCUAUCCGCAGGAUAUGAUAAAGAUGAUGAAGAAGUAUAUACUGAUAUGGAAUCUGCAGUCCACAGAAAUAGAUCAGAGGAAAAGCGAUCUAAAGUUUAUGGUUAUGUUCCCGAAAAAUCUGAAGCUGAGCCGACUGUCACAUGCUAUAAAGCUUCAGCGGAUCUCAAACCGUACAAGGCUUCACUAAUGCUUGGUAAGGCGGAUGUUAAAAGUGAAUCAUUUUCAAUCCCAAUUGAGCCGCAAAAAGAAUAUUACUUGAAAAUGAAACCCCAACGUCGUGCAUUCUUAGCGAGUGAAGUGCCAAAAGAGCAACAGUCAACAACAGCACCAGCUGUUGGAUUUGGCUUAUUUGGCUCUGUACAACAACAACAGCAGCAGCAACAACAGCAACAAGAAGUAGCACCUCCACUGUUUGGUACUGCUGAUGCAAAUAGUUCAACAGGUAUUUUUGGGUCUGCACCGAGUUCGUUAUUUAUUUUUGGUUCAUCUUCUGCUUCCAAAGUGAGCGGCGGAUUAUUUGACUCGGUGCAGCAACAACAGCCAGAAAAACUAUCCCAGCCAGUGUUUGGUAGUGCUGCACCAAGAAGUUCAUCAAGUAGUUUUGGUUUUGCUUCGUCUUCUGGUCCAGCAUUUAGUGCAGAGCAAACCGGCAUGGGAAUGUUUGGAUUGUAUCGCUCUAUGCCUAAAACAAAAUCAAUGGAUGGAAGGGCUGAUGGAAUACCAUCUGGUUUUGGAGCACCACCCAGUGGUGCGGGCAUUGAAUUGGGUGGCUUUGCAUUUGGAGGAUCAACAAAACCAGUUGAGCAAAUGGAAGGUACUACUCUUUUUGGAGCACCAUCCCGUGGUGCCGUCAAUCAAUCGGGUGGCUUGGCGUUUGGAGUACCACCAAAAACAUUUAACCUAAUGGGAAAUACCAGUCUUUUUGGGCAGCAAGGUAGUUCAGGUGGAAAUUUGCUAGGUUUUGUGAAGGGAACAGAAGAAAGUAUCUCACCUAGUCCACCUUCUCCUCAGUACAGUCCAACCUCGCCAGGCGUCGAUCGCUCACAACCUUUACUCAUGGAAGAUGAAAAAUUUGCUGUAAAUGCGGUCCUACCACCGCCCCCUCCUCCACCUCCUGCUCCUGGGGCAGGGCCACCUCCUAGUAGAGGACCACGCCCCCCAACUCCUGCCCCUAGGAGAGGACCACGCCUCCCAACUCCUGCCCCUAGGAGAGGUCCACCUCCUCCACCUCCUGCCACUGGUGCAGGGCCAUCUCCUCCACUUUCUGCCACUGGGGCAAGGCCACCUCCUCCACCUCCUAGCAAAGGACCACCCCUUCCACCUCCUGCCCCUUUUGGGGGACCACCUCCUCCACCUCCUGCCCCUUGUGGAGGACCACCUCCUCCACCUGAAAUAACUUCACUGCGAGCUAAGCGACGUGCACGUUCAGCCAUGCCUCAACGAGAGAUAGAGAGCUUAAUCCAAGAACGAGAGAGCUUAAUCCAAGAACUUAAAAAAGCAGUCCCACCACCUCCACAAACAAUGAAGGAUGAACUGGAAGUAAAGAUGUACRGUAGCCGCGUGCAUGAGGCACCACGACUGUCAUUAGAAGAUGAGACUGUCGAGUCGACCUGGCAUCUUAAGCGAAUAGAAUUAAGAGAACUGAUACGGCAAAGAGAAGAAGCAGAAUGCCGUACAGAGAGUCCUGAACGUGAAAGGGAACCGCGAUUUGCGACCUGGGGUAGAAGUUCAGAGCCCAAAGAAGAAAGAGAACAAGUACAGAAUGUACUAUUGAUAGCAAACGCACUACCGUUGAAAACACGGGAAUUGAUAACAUCUGAAGAGAAAUCACCCCAUCGUCCCCGCCUUCGUGGUGCAAUAAACCUGGAGAUAGGAAGCACGAUCGAGGAAGAUGAAGUGAAGGGUCAGCGAAGAGCAGCCUUAUUGGCGGCAGUGAAGGGAAAGAAGAAGAAGUUAGCAAAAGUUGAAGCGAGAAUGGCUCAUAAUCAGCUGAUCGAAAAGCUGUUUCGUCAACAAGAUCCCGAUGGUUUCUGGACGAUGGAUAAAGCGGUUUUUGCUUCGUUUGGACUUGACAGUGAUCGAUGUGAGACUAUAGUCAAAGAACUUGGAGCUUUGUCACUGGGAAAUGAAGUUUAUCAACAAAUUCUCAAACUGAUUGCCACAAUGAUAAUGCUUGCAUUGCUCCGCACUCGUUUCCCAGACUUAUUUCCACACUCACUAGGCCAUUUUACAGCUCUUCUCACACGGUCAUUUCUGGCCGAUGAGAAAUGGGGACAACAAAUUAAAAAAGCCCUUCAUUGGGUUAGUACAGUUGAUAAAAAGGUCCCGUCUGUCUGUUUUCGGUUGGAGCUUGGGCCAAAUUGGGAAAAAGCUUCUGAUUGGCUAAUUCAGAGAUGUCGUAACGACUCGGACGUCAUUUGUUUUUAGUAAUUCCUAGUAUUUUGAAUGGUUCCUGGAAACUCGUCAUUGUGUGAUAUAAACAUAUGAAAAUAUAAAGAAUACAACGAUUCAACAAUUUGUAGGAAUAGAAAUUACGUUAAUAGACAAUUUAUAAAAUAUAGCAAUUAUACACAAYGCACAGAUACAAUAUUAUAUUCUACUUUGACUGUGAAAGAACAGGCCUUUAGUCAUCAAACCCAUGAUGUUUUUUGCACACUAUACCCCUGCACAAAUACAAUUUGCCUCUGGACACGGAAUCUGUAAUCCGACAAAAUUUGGGCUCUGGAAUCCGGAAUCCAGAUGCUUGGAAUCCGGAAUCCGAUAAAACGAGGUAUCCGCACUCCAAUUAGUGACUUUAAAUAUUUCCUUAUUGAAACGAGUCACCAAUGACAAAGAAGCUAGGAUGUUUUACAUUCGUAAUUUAAUAUGGUCGAGUAGAAUCCAGAAUCUUGCGGGAUUUGUCAUCAAAGGAAUCCGGAAUCCAGGAACGCUCUACAUUCCGUAUCACGAGGCGAUGUAAAAAAAUUUCACAGUCAAAAGACAGCUAUAAGCAUAGAAACAAGAAUAAGCUAAUUAAAGACCAAAAAGAUAACAAAGAAAAGAACCGUUUUAAUUUCUUAAUCCCAAAAUCUAUUGUUUUUCAUCCAGUAUGCUUACAGCGUAGUGAAAACCAGGCUUAAAUGCAUGAUGCACGAGAACAAACAUGACUCAUUCACUAAAAAACAAGAGAAUAGAAUAGCCUUAUAACUGCAUAGAUUAAUAAAAUCAACUUCACAAACAA